AUGUAUGCAAGUAAAGCUGUCAGCCAGGGUUUUCAGAGAGAUUGUGUUUGUCCUGGAAAGCUGAUGAAGAACAAAAUGAAGAAGAAUAGGAGGCUCCAAGAACAGAAGAAGAUGAAGUUUCUCCACUCAUUCCUGCAGAGAAUCUCAUUCAACAACAGUGCUGGAGAUGAAAUUAAAUUCAAUGAAUAUGGGGAGUUGGCGGCUGUCUUGGAUAUUACAAACUUGGUCACAUUCCCAAAUAGAUCGUACAUCAGAGUCAAAGUGGGAAGGUGUGAUCCUCAGGCCCCUCCCGGCAAAGAGUUCACCAUUAAUGAGGAUAAAAUCAAAUGGCACAGAGUCUUCACUGAGGUGCCACCUCUUUCUAUAUGCAAUGACAACUGCCGUCCUGGUUACGGGAAGAAAAAGAAGGAGGGAAAGAAGUUUUGCUGCUAUGAUUGUGAUCCAUGUCCAGAAGGAAUGAUCUCAAAUGAGAAAGACAUGGAAACAUGUAUCAGUUGCCCAACAGAUCAAUAUCCAAACAGCAUCCAGGCUCUAUGCAUUCCUAAGAUUCAAAACUUCCUAGCCUUUGAUGAAACCUUGGCCAUUGUUUCAACUUUCUCUGCACUUUUAUUCUCCCUGAUUACAAUUCUGGUGCUCGGCAUCUUCAUUAAGCAUCGCAAUACAGCCAUAGUCAAAGCCAACAACAGAAGCCUCACCUAUGGUCUCCUCAUCUCCCUCCUCUUGUGUUUCCUCUCUUCUUUGUUGUUCAUUGGAAAACCUAAUAAGAUGACUUGCCUUCUCCGACAAAAAGCUUUUGGCAUUGUCUUUUCUGUGGCCCUCUCCAGCAUCUUAGCCAAAACCAUACUGGUGGUUUUGGCAUUCAUGGCUACCAAACCAGGAACCAAUAUGAGGAAAUGGGUAGGCAAAGAACUGGCUUAUUCCAUUGUCUUUUCCUGCUCCAUUAUUCAAGUAGGGAUCUGUGUCCUCUGGCUGGCAACCUCUCCCCCAUUCCCUGAUGUGGACAUGCACUCAAUGACAGGAGAAAUCAUAUUUCUUUGUAAUGAAGGGUCAGUCCUCAUGUUCUAUUGUGUUUUGGGCUACAUGAGCUUCCUGGCCACUGUCAGCCUCACAGUCGCCUUCCUAGCCAGGAAGUUGCCUGAUACUUUCAAUGAAGCCAAGUUCAUCACCUUCAGCAUGCUGGUCUUCUGCAGUGUUUGGCUAUCCUUCAUUCCAACCUACCUGAGCACCAGAGGUAAAUAUAUGGUGGCUGUGGAGAUCUUCUCCAUCUUUGCUUCUGGUGCUGGGUUACUGGCUUGCAUUUUUUCCCCUAAAUGCUACAUUAUUCUGGUGAGGCCUGACCUGAACAACAGAGAGCAGCUAACACAAAGAAAGGUCUAA